ACGCGUCCCGGCAGGCAGCGCGGCGCGCGGCCGGACUCCUGCCUGGGAAGGGAGAGCUCUCGCAGGGAUGCGCGCACGGUGUUCCCGUCAACCUGUUGGAUAGGGGUUCGGGGGCAUUUUCCCAUCUGUCGCAGCGGGUUAUGGAGCGCCGGGAGGCACACGGGGGUGAAGCAGUCCUGGGAUGUAUCCUAAGUAAGCGCGUCAGCGGGAGCGGAAGAUCUGUCGGUUGCAUACAUUUGCACCAAAGUCUGCCACCCUGCCUCCGUAGAGGUCACAAAUACAGCUGGUAUGGGUAAAUUAGACAACAGCUUCUUCUUAGGAGACCAAAUCCUCCACGCAGAAAAUCUGUGGAAUAGUUUAUGCUGGGGAGUGGGUUGCUUUGGGAAGAGCUGGGCUAUGAACUAGAACUAGGCCAGAACUACUUAAAGUCCACGGCCACUGCUGGAUGUUGCCAACUCUCUGGCUAUACUCCACACCUGAAACACUGAGGACCAGGAAAACAGUAUGGGUAAACUAAGAGUGCAGUUCUGAAAAACUCCUCUGAGCUCUUAUUAAUCUGAGCUCCACCUGAACUCUUGUUAAUCUGUUUCUGGAUAGAAGUGUUUGGAAUUGCCCCAAACUGAGCACCUUGCAACCAGUCUCCUCUUUGUUCCCAUUUGUGGUCUGGGAAGUAGGUGGAGCAGCUCUAAGAGAGGUCCUGCUGAGUGGAACCUCUCCAAGCCCAACAAGUCAGAGUCUUCUGUUGUAGGCACAAAUGGCUUCAGUGCCUGGCAGAAUUUGAUAGAGUGCUCACCUCCAGUACUGUAACCCAGGGAUUGAAGAAUUGCCUUUUAGAUCAAAGGCAAUUCUUUUUGUUUUACAUCAACACCUCCUAACUACCAGGAGAGUGUCCCAGGUGGUCAGGAGGAUUGCAAAAUGGAAGAGAAGCAUUCAUCACCUCACUUGGUGAAUUUGUGCCCUAUUGGAAAGGAUGGCAAGUAAGUGGCACUAGUGUGAACUAGACAGAAGGAGACCCAGGGAUCUGUAGGCACUUAUUCCUGGUUUCUGAUAACUUUUCCCAGGCUAGUGCUGUUUUUUUAUCCAAGAACUAUUUACUGCAGAAAUGCAUAAAUUAACCCCAGGACCCUGUUUUGAUGAUUGAACUAGAUGAGAGAGACACCUCCUUGUUUUACUCUUUGGCCUCAGCUGCCUUGUCCUUGUUCAAGCCUCACAUGCUUUUUGGAGCAGGGUCAUAACUUCAAACGAAAAGGUGGUGACUCCCUGUUUCCUUCCUGCUCUUCCUCCUCCCAGUCUAGCAUGGUGGUCAGGGAUGAGGCAUGAAUGCUCCCCAGGAACUCCCACUUCCUGGCCAAUGCUCUCACCACUGGGUAGCAGCACAGAGAAGGUGGACACUGUUUCCUCCAGCUGCACUUUAAAAGAAAAGGAACAUUGCUUAUUGGGAAUUUUAUAUCUGCUGACAGCCCAAAAAGCCCUUUAAGCGCCUUUGGCAGGCUGUUAACACCGACCUUGGUGUUUUCCAGCAGUAACACAAAGAAAAAUGCUGUGACCAGCAGCCACAUGAACUGAAGUCACAGACCAGAAAAGCUACAGGGACUCUUUAUUCAUUGUUUUAACGAACAGAUUUUGGCACUCACUGCCAGAAGAGGACUCCAAAUUCUGAGUCCAAAGAAGAUAAAGGUGCCAAGCAUUAGGGUGGGACUUCACCCACGUCUAUGUUCAUAGAGUUUCUUCACCCUGAAACAAAGCUCUUGUUAGCUCCUCACUGAGUGUGCUGCUUGUUUUGGAUCUAUACCUGCAUUUCUUUUUCAUACAGGGAAUAUAAGCCUGUCAUUACCACACUCAGCCCCGAGGCUGAAAGGCUCAUGUAUCCUGAAACAUCAGCCCCUUAUUAGUCCCAACUCUCUGAUUUAUUAAGGUCACACAGAAUGACAAGAAUUGAAGUCAAGAACCUAGAGCUUCACUAAAUUUGCUUGCAUUCAGAAGCUGCAUAUAGUUAAUAGGGAAGAAAUGCCUAUUAAAAACUUUAUAAUCAAUUGAAGUUAGUUUUCUGCCUGCGACAUUGCACAAGAUUUCGUAGCAUCUUACUCAGAUUUCAUCUUUCUAUAUCUCCAAAGCCAUGCAAGUUUAAAUAUACAGAUUAUAUAAAACAAGUAAUGCCUUUGACAGUUUUAAGUUUCCCCAGGCAACUCAGAGCAGAAGUAAUGAUAAAACCAUUCCUACAUUUUUUAAUACUUCUUAUACCAUAUGAUAUAGAAACUAUUUGACAUUAAUACCUAGAAUAUUGUGCCUGUUCAGGAUGUGCAAUGUGAAUGUUAGAAUUGCUAUGAUUAUUCUGGGUCAUGUAAACAGAUGACAUUUUUAAAAACAUUCUUCAACAAAAUAGGUCUCCAAAGUAAGAUCGACAAGUUACUUGAGGAGUUGCUUUCAUUUUUUCUGCAUAUUAAAAGGCAACUAUUUCAGACAAAAUAUGAUUUGGGGAAUAAUUUCUUGCCUGGAGUGAAACUUAUCUUUUCCUUUUCUUGCUAACUUUUUUUUUUUUCUUUUCCUCAGUCUGUUUCUUAGGCUGCCUGAUGUACAAAUGCAGAAUGGAGUUUUUGUUCCUUGCCAGGUGCCUAGCUAUCGGCAGCACAGGAAUAUAUGAAAAAAAUGGUAUAUAGCCAAAGCCAGUAAUAUCUUCCUGCCUUCCAAUCUAUCAGGACACACCAAACUAAAGAAACUACAUAUGGAAGACUGUGUGAUGGAAUCAGCAGGAAAUAACAGAGGACAGAAAAAGUAGCCUCUUGCAUUCUUCAUGUAGAGUAUGAGGAGAACACCUUCAAUUUCCACAUCAGCUAUGGAUUCUGAAUCAAAGAACAGUUUCAUAGGAAGCUUUCUUCAGCCACCAGAUUGGAAGCUUCCUGCAGCCUUUGUUUAUAUGGAAUCAAAGAAGUUGGCAGCUGCUGCUGGUGACAGGCCUUCUCUCCCAAAUAACCAAGCUGUAGUGGCAGCCCUGAGAGCUCUGCAAGAAAAGAUCUGCCGCCUAGAGCUGGAGAAGUCACAGGCUGAAGAAAAACUGUGCAGCCUCUCCAGAGCAGCUGCUCAGUACAAGAAGGUCUUAGAGCACAAAUCCUAUGAGAAGGAUGCAGCAUAUCGAGAGCUGAUGCAACAGAGGAAAGAUUCAAAUGCAGUACAAUCCCGCUGCUCCCUGCUGGAGAAACAGCUGGAUUACAUGAGAAAGAUGGUUUCCAGUGCAGAACUGGAAAAGAAAAUUAUUUUAGAACAACAGGCUCAGCUUCAGAAAGAGGAAGAUCAGAACCGGUUGGAGCUGCAUGCAAAACUUGAAAAGCUUGAAAUGCUAGAAAAAGAGUGUCUUAAACUUACUGCUACUCAGAGAAUUGCUGAAGACAAGAUCAAACACUUAGAAGAAAAGCUGUGUAAAGAAGAGCAUCAGCAUAAGCUAAUACAAGAUAAAACUGCUCAGCUUCAAACAGGAUUUGAUAUAAACAGAAUAAACAGAAUUUUGAUGUCUUCAGUAACAUCUCAACAUGAACCUGAAAAGGAAAAUGGGAAGAGCAAAAAACCUAGGAAGAGAAAUCCUACAAUGAAAAAAAUGCAGCUUUCACAAUUACAUGUAAAGGCUGGUGAGCUACCUUUUGUGGCUGGGAAGUCUGCCAGCUCCAGCCAUUCUGUCAGCGCAAACGUACAAAGCGUGCUGCACAUUAUGAAGCAUCGCAAUCCGUGUAUCUCAUCGCGAGGACAAGGAGGAGCCACAGCUGGGAUUUCAGGACACAGUGCACGUUCAAAAUCUGUAUCCUCUUGUUCCCCAUCACCCACUGUCACCAGGAGCUUUUCAGACCUUCUGUUGGCCUUUCAAGAUGAGCUGGGCCAAAUGAGCUCUGAGCAUCAAGAACUUCUGAAGCAGAUACAGGAGACUCAAGACUCCCAAGCUCGUGAAGACCUGGAACAGGAGCUGGAUUGCCUCAUAAAACAAAUGGAGAUGAAAGGAAAACAAAUAUCCAAGCUGAAAAAGCAUCAGGCUACUGUGCAGAAAUUAAAGAGAAAAACUCAGAAAUUGAGGCAAGGGGCAACUCAUGUCAAACUAAAGUGUGGUGAACAAAAGGAAGCAAAGGAGAUUGCAGUCACUGUAAAGGAAAGUAUGUCUAAACCUUGUCCUGGGCAGAAGAGCAGAAGUUCUCUUCAGCUGCUAAAAGCUGUGAGGAAACUUCAGCUAUCUCUGAAAAAAGAUUAUGUCAUCUGAGAAGAAUAGUUCUGAAGUUUGCUAUGUUAGAAGUUUUUGAAGUUGUCUGACAUCUAGUAAAUUUUUCGUUGUGCAAAAUACCUCUUAAAAAUAAGCUGGAUACAGUAGACUUGUACAUUCUACACUGCCUGCUCUGCAGUAGGUCAGUUUCUUCACCUUAGAAUUAACUUUCAUGUAGUGUAGCUGUAACUCAACUACACUUCCUUGUAAUAAAGUGUUUUCAUGGGCUAAAGAAAUGUUAUUAUUUGUUAACUUGUCAAAUAAAAUUUUAUACUUUUUUACACUUAAAA